AUGAAUGACCAUUUUGUUAAGCGGCCAAAGCUAGAGCUUUCCGAUCCUUCUGAGCCGUUAACGCAGAAGGAUGUAAUAGCGUUCCAAAAAGAGGCAUUGUUCAGAUGUUUGAAUAAGUGGAGAGUCAAAGCUAACCAGCUUGUAGAAGAGAAUGAGGUUUUAGCGGCUGGGCUUUCGAAGACCACCGAGUCGGUUUCUGGAUGCUGUUCAUCUAUAGUCGUAUUGGCUAGAUCUGUGGUUGAGGACUGCAGCGAUGAGCAGGACAAACGCUUUUUACAACAACUCAUCAAUACUGAGGAUGAGCAUACCCUUACACAGAUAAUCAGCAAUAACAGUGCUAGGAUAUGCGAACUAAUACUGAAGACCAGUGGAUCUAACAUCUCUGAUAACAUCGGUAGACUACAGGAGCUAGAAUCGCUCACUUUGACUUUACAGAAGCUGUUGAAAUCCUCUGAAAAUAAGCUGAAGAAGGCUACCGAAUAUUAUGAGAAUAUAAUUGCUCAGUAUGAUAGACAGGACAGUGAAAGUGUUUCUCGUGUGUUUAACACUGCUGAUGAUGAUAGCAAUGUAAAGAAAGAGAAGCAAUCUUCGACUGGCGCAAGCUCUGUGAAUGACGAGUCAAAUGAUAACUCAGACAAAUCCCAAUCUAAUAAAGAAAGUGCAGUAUCUCAGGCUCACCACGAAAUUGAAAUAAAUGACUUGAAUACUCAAAUCUCCGUCUUGGAGGCUACGGUAAAGGAAUUAACGGAAUGGAAAAAUCAAAAUGAAAGAGAACUUUCGGAACUACGACAAACAGUAGCAUCUAAUAAAUCAGCGCUUUCUAACAACCAACUUCAAUCUAAUUCGCAACAUCAACCAGAUGCUUCAGUUACUAAUGAAAAAAUCAGUUCCUUAACUAAACAGAAUGAACAGUUACAACAGAUUAAUGAAGGCUACUUAACCAAGUUUCAACAACUAUCCGCGGAUAGAGAAAUAUUCAACAAUAAACUUACCUCAGAGUUUAAUUUAGCACAGGAGACCCUUAAAAAGCACAAUGCUUCUCUAGAGAAAGAUUUAGUUAGGAUCAGAACAAUUCGUGAUGAAUUAUUGGCCAAAGUUUCUCUUUUGGAGGCACAAAAGACCAAAUCUGAGAUGUUAGAGGAUUUAGAAAAGUCAUUGAAUAUCCAACAAGAACAACUACAAAAGUUUGAAUCCAGAAGUUCAGAAAAUGCGUCCCAAGAUGCAUUAAUGAAAGAAUUACAGGAUCUCGAAAAGGCCUUCAGAGAGGUGUCACAUCUUUCAAACAAAAAGUAUGCUGCAUACCUGAACCAAGAAUCUGUUUUAAGUAAAUUGACAGUUGAAAAGACAAAGGCCAGCGAAAAAUAUUUUGCUGCAAUGAGAUCCAAAGAUGCUAUAAUGAUAGAAAACAAAAAUCUUUCUAAAAAUUUGAACAAAUCAAACGAGCUCAUCGUUCAAUUGAAGGACCUUGAAAAGACGUUACAACAGAAGAUCGUAAACGUUCACAUGCAGUUGAGCCUAUCCCAAGAGAAUGAGAAGAGGGUCAAAGAAUCUAACAAAGAAACUUCAAUGAAGAUAGUGGAAUUGACAUCUGAGAAUAAUAAAUUGAAAAAAUCAACAGAACGUCUUGAAUCAGAAACCAGAAAUCUAAUCGGAACUAAGACUGAGCUCGAAUCUAAAAUCAAGGACAAAGAUAUCGAAAACAAGCAGCUGAAGAUCAAGGUUUCCAGUGCUGAAGCCAAGUCAAAGAAAUUAUACAAGACAUUACUCUCUAAUGGUGGUGACAAUGGUGCUCUAGCCGAAGAGUUAGAGAAUUUCCGUACUAUAAUCUACUGUUCAUUAUGUUCCAAAAAUUGGAAGAAUACUGCCCUCAAGACUUGCGGUCAUGUGUUUUGCGAUGUUUGCUGCAAAGAAAGAUUAGCUGCUAGGAUGAGAAAAUGUCCUACAUGUAACAAACCUUUCUCAUCUAACGAUUUACUAUCCAUACAUUUAUGA